AUGAGUUUUACGACGAAUAAUGAUCAUGCAUUCGACAGGUUAAAGGACAAAGAUUAUACAAACAGCUCCUCAAAAGUCCUCAAUGAUUUAGUUGAAACUUCUAAAAAUUUGCCUAACGAUAGUUCUGAGUUUGAAUCCAUUCAGUUGAGCAUUAAUGAAAUCAGGAAAAGAGCCUCUGGUUUGAGAAAAGAUAAAGAAGCGAAACAAAUCGACCAUACCAAGGCUCAUUAUUUAUUGGCCGGUAGUGGCAUCUCUGUUGAAGAUGUAGAUAAUUCAAUCAAGAGCUUACAAUCUAUACAUAUAAUAGAACAUCAUGUUCCCAAUAAGCAAUUAGAAGGUGAAUUAGAUAACUAUUUGAGACUUAAGAAAGAUGAAAAUAUUAUAUCAUCUAUAGAGAAACUUCUAUCAACAGCUUCAAAGGAUUUUGAUUCAUUUGUUAGCCAAAACUUGAACUUAGAUUGGGAACAACAUAAAGAUGAGGUUAGAGAAAACUUUGGUAUCUUAGUUAAAAGAAAGAAUAUGGAUUCUUAUAAAUCUGGAUCCAGAUCUGUAACACCCGCUGUUCCAAAAUGGGGCGGGAACAAUAACAGUAUCUUAGAUAGCUCUAGUGGAUUUAGAUUAAAUGUGAAUGAGAAUUACCUAUUGAGAGAUAAAUUUGAAAGAUACGCUAAAAUUAUUCAUGCAUUCAACAAUGCAAGACAAGUAAGAAGAGAUUUCCCAUUGGUAAAUGAAAUCAUAUCAAUGUUGAACAGUUCUGGAGACUCAAAGAAUAGACAGAUUAUGGAGUCAUGGUAUGUUCUAAGAGAUAUUUGUACCUCUAAAGUGGAUGAUGUUGUUAUAAGAAGCAGACUAUAUUUAGAGAAACAAUUUAUGGAAUACAUAGAUGAUCUUUAUAAGAAAAACCCAAAUGAAGGCCUACCAACUAAUAUCAACAAGGUCAAGUCAUUUAUUGAUUAUAAGCUAAAGAAAUCAGACAACACAUGGGUAUUAAAUAAUCUAACAAUAGUAAAUGGGAUUCCAAUCUGGGCAUUGAUGUUCUUUUUAUUAAGGGCAGGUUUGACCCAGGAGGCAUUAGAGGUUGCUUAUAACAACAAGUCUAGUUUUAAGAAGGUUGAACAAUCUUUUCUGGUUUAUUUUAAAGCUUAUAUCACUUCAAGCGAUCGUAAACUUCCAGCCGAGUUUGCUGCAAAAUUACAUAUUGAAUAUAACCAACAUAUUAAGAGUUCAUUGGAUGGUGAUCCGUUCAGAUUAGCCGUUUAUAAAAUGAUAGGUAGAUGUGAUCUUUCCCGCAAGAAUAUCUCUGCUGUAACAUUAAGUUUAGAAGAUUGGUUAUGGUAUCAUUUUAUGUUGAUUAAGAACGAUGUUUCAGACAAUGAUCCGGUUUAUGAAAGGUACACUCUUGAGGAUUUCCAAAACAUUAUUUCAUCAUAUGGAGAAUCAAGAUUUUCUAACCUUUAUUUACAAGUUUUGUUGUUAAGUGGCAUGUAUGAAUUAGCAGUUCAGCAUGCUUAUUCUAUAAGUGAAAUUGAUGGAAUCCAUUUUUCCAUUGCGUUGGCAAAUUCUAGGUUACUAAAUAUAACAUGCACUCCCAUAAACUGCCAACCCAACCAAAUAGUUGUAAUGAACGGUAUCAAGUGUGAAAUCAACUUUGCUGCUCUACUAGGGAAUUACAUCAGAUCAUUCAAACAUUCUGAUCCAAGAAUUGCAGCCGAAUAUUUAAUUUUAAUAGGCUUGACGGAUAGUGAAGAACAAAUAUCUAUCUGUCACGAGGCUAUUAGAGAGUUGGUGUUGGAAACCAAGGAGUUUACAAUUCUGUUAGGUAAAAUUAAUAGAGAUGGUACUAGAAUUCCUGGUGUUUUGGAAGAGAGACAGCCGUUGUUGCAUUUGAAGGAUGAAAAACAAUUCUUGCAUAAAAUUACCGAGCAAGCUGCCUUGAGAGCUGAUGAGGACGGCCGAGUUAACGAUAGUUUAUUGCUUUACCAAUUAUCUGAAGAAUUUGAUGUAGUGAUUACUAUUGUCAACGACUUAUUGGGUGACCUAUUGAGUAGCACUGAUUUAGAUCAGCCAUUAUUUGGAAUUGCAGAUAAUCCAGAAACUAAUUAUAUUUUGAUGGCAGACAGAUUGAUGCAAAUUUAUACAGAUAACUUAGAGAUAUCCAAGAAGGUCCAUACCAAGAACAAGGAAACAUGUUUAUUAUUGUUAAGAAUUGCUGAUGCUAGAAGGACGUACACAGCCCAGCAAUGGCAAAAUACAUUGAGCCAAAUUGAAGAAUUAGACUUAAUUCCUUUCACUAACGAAGUUGAAGCAAGGAGACAAGCACAAAACCUAAUGAGUUUGGAGAAAAAUUUGGUGAAGAAUAUUCCAAAUCUAUUGAUGAUGACAAUGACAUGUAUCUCUAAAAUUAUUCAAGAUUUGAAUGAAAGCACUUUCCAAUCAAUAACAAAGACCCAACAAAUAGAAUCCUUGAAAAAAGUUGCCAGAAAUUGUAUGGUUUAUGCUGGUAUGAUUCAAUAUAAGAUGCCAAGAGAAACUUACAGUUCAUUGAUCAGACUGGACAUAGCGUUGUAG